AUGUUUCGCUCAGUGAUCCGUCCGAGCACAUGUGUGCGAUGUUUACUCAAUCGAAUUCAAUACAGUAGUACUAGUAAAAGUAAAUCUGAGGUCGAUCCGGGUGCCGUGUUUAUUCGAAAAGAUGUUCAGGAUUUGUUAACAAACAUUACAGGUUUUGAUUUAUCGCGAAUAUUUCGUACACGAACGAAUAAAAACCUCGAUCGAAUCGUUUAUAAGUAUUUAACUGAUAAGCAACUCAAAGAAGAAAAAGAGAAAACGGUUGAACGAGGCCGAGCAAAACUUCAGAUGCCACCGAUUUUGACUGAAGCUAAAGAGAAUGUGGAAAUUCUGGAGAAAGAUGAAAUGCUAGGUGGAUUUUCGACGAGUAAACAUCUAUUUAUUGACAUCUCACUUGGCGUACCAAUACGAGAUCGUUUGAUUGUUGCACGUGAUGUUGAUGGAACGUUACGAACAGCGACAUUAGAUGAAAAGCGACGAAUGAGACAGAUUUACUUUCCCAUUUCAGGAAGAGAGUUGGUUAUGCCAAAGAUGUUCGAAGAAGAACAAUUAGAAAAAAUUUUAGAACGACGUGAUUAUCAACUCAUACUCGAUCGCGCCUGCAUUCAAUUCGAACCGGACGAGUCAGAAUACAUACGUGUCACCCAUAGAACAUUUGAACAUAUUGAUAAAACGAAUUCUUAUGAUGUACUUCGAUCAACACGACAUUUCGGUCCGAUGGCAUUCUACUAUGUAUGGUUUAAAAAAGUCGAUCGACUUAUGAGCGACAUGCUAAGCAGGAAUCUAAUCAAUGAUGCCGUUUCAUUACUUCAACUCUAUGCAAUCAUUCAUCCGGAUUCUAAAGUUGGAACAUAUGAAUUUCACGAUACGAAUCCUCAUCGACUGAUUGAAGCAUUUAUUGAUGAUGAGGCGCGGAUACCUGAUUUACUCAGCGAAACCUUCCGUCAAUAUAUCCGCAAAAACCAACAAGCGGUGUCGAAUGGAUAA